AUGUUGCUGAUGACCGUGGUGAUUACUCUUUCUACUGCAACUCAAGGAUUGAAAGUUGAAGAGUUAUCAGAUGAUCCAUGGAUCCAUGCACCGCUUCCUGUCUUCCCACCAAUAAGCUAUCAGAUCCUCAAUGCUGAGUCCCUCUUUCUCAGUGAGACUAAUCGGUAUCCAAUGGGUAACUCCAGUCUCCAGGCCCAGAGACAGUCUUUCAUUCUCACAGGGCUCAGUGGGCAGCCAGCCAUCAAUGCUAGCUAUGGGCCAAUGUCUGUGGAACAGGUCGUUCCCCUGGAUCUAAUCCACACUGGGCCCAGAGUCCGACCUUUCAUCCUGACCCGCCAAGUCCGUUCUUCAGCCCCUCUCAUUCGGCUGUUGUUUCAAGCUGUGGGCCGAAAGGGCUUUAUCAGUGAAGGGACAGACCAGACAGAUCCUGGACAGAACGAUGAGGGGUUCAUCUGCAUGACAGCUUAUGCCUUCUGGGAAACACGGGAGGUCAGGACCACCUGCUCUGUCCCUGCAGACGGAGGUUUUUGCUUGGCUCACCUGAAGCCUGAGCCUAUGUGGUUUAGCCCAGGCAGCACGAGAUCCAGCCGGGAGCAGAGAGGCGAGAUGCGGAAUAACAUUGUAGAGCUGUACUACCAGACCCGACCCAGUCCAACCAGUCACUGCACUCCACAGGACAGCAAGCAGCGGAAGGGUCCAAUCCAGAUGAAUGCCGAUAGUUUGGGAUCCACCAUGAAGAGGAUUGGAAAAGUCAGCCUCUUGCGUUCUCCACCAGGGAACCCCACCUUUAUGCGUCUCCGACUGGGGGGAGCUGUAGUGAUACAGACCUCCUCCAAACCACUGAGACCCACAGACACAGCCACGUUUUAUGUCUUCUUGUCCAGCAUAUCUCCCGUGGAGCAUUUCAUACUCAGGGCCACAGUGAGGAAAGGCAUUUCCUUCAGUACUGCCAGACCCAGUGAUUCUCAUUUGUGGGACAUUGUCUUGGAACCAGAAAGAGGGAGCAGUCCUCAAACCAUCUCAGUCAUAUGUCAGAGGAAGACUGCUGUCAGUGGAAAACGAGGUCUAUUAGAAGUCCUGCAGCUAGACUUUGAAACUGAAGAGUCCAGUGACCAAUCAGCGAGCCAGGUGAUCACGUGGCGUCUAGAGCUACCCGGUAACAGACGGGACGAGGGUGUCAUGAAGAUUUACACCACCCCGAAAGACUACGUGGGCAUGACCCCACUGCUGAUGGAGACGGAGCUCCUGAACACGGCUGUGCUCACAGGGAAGAAAGUGACAGUCCCAGUGAGGGUCCUGGCAGUGGAGGCAGAUGGCUCAAUCACAGACAUCACUAACUCGACUCGCUGCCAGUCCACAGACGAGGAGGUCCUGAAGGUGUCAGAGAGUUGCGACUACGUGUUCAUGAACGGAGAGGAGACACGUGGAAAGACGAGAAUGACAGUGAACUUCACCUACAGUUAUCUGAGUGCUCAGUUGGAGUUGAGUGUGUGGAUGCCUCACCUCCCUCUGCAGAUUGAGAUGUCUGAUCCAGAAUUGAGCCAGAUCAAGGGCUGGAGAGUGCCUGUCACCUCAGGCAAGAGAAUGAGCUGGGACAGUGAGGAAGAGGAGGAACGAAAGGGAAAAGGCUGCAUGCUGCAGUAUCAGCAGUCUCUCGUCCGAGUGCUCACGGUCUUCAGUGCUGAGACAUCAGACCUCAGCACAGACCCAAACAGAGACCCAAACAGCUCAGCACUGACCUUCUUCCUGGGUCCAGAAUGGCAGGUGGACAUCACACGUCUAGUGCGUUACUCCCUGAGGGUUAAGGAUCCAAGCAUAGCCCGACUGCAGGGAGGGACAGUGCUGUCUGGCAAGUCUGUGGGAGUCACCACUAUACAGGUUGUAUCUCCGCUGUCUGAGGCAGUGUUAGCUGAGAGGAUGGUCAGAGUGCUGGAUGACAAAGUAAGCAUCACAGAGCUUGGGGUGCAGCUGGUCUCUGGCCUCUCCCUGUCCCUACAGCUCAGCCCAGGAAGCAACAGAGCCAUCAUUGCCACGGCUACCACGAAGGAGGUCCUCCAAAGCCCCAAACAGGAAGCUGUGGUUGGCUUAUGGAUCCAGUUCAGUGAUGGCUCACUGACACCACUCGACUUAUUCGACCCCAGCGGCUACACACUUACAGUCACAUCUCUGAACGAGAGGGUCGUGUCUGUGCGGAAAGAGUCUCCACCCUUCUCGGUGGUUGCCGAGGGCGAGGGGCAAGGCUUGCUGCUCAGGGCAGAACUGGCCAUCUGCGAGGCCUGUCAGAAAUCCAAACGCAAGAGCAAGCUAGCCGUGGGUGGAGGCACCAUCAAGGCUGAGUUCCAGUCAGGUUGGGAGCAUGGGGAAAUUGUCAGGGUUGAGGAGAAAGGUGGCAGUGACUAUGGCAACGAUGGAGGAGUGCCAGAGAAGGAUUCCAAAAUGAGUCUCUCUUCAUCGCGUGGUCUACAGGACAACCUCAGCAACACUCUAGCUGGUCUCCAGGAGAGUGUCAUUAGAAUGGUCACGUCCUCAACCAGGUCCACCUUACAGGAGGCAGCUGGUGUUGACAUUUCCACCAUGAAUCCAAUCAACAGGGCACAUGUGAGUACCACUAUAAAGCCCUCUGUUGACAAGGUCCUGGUCACUGUUGGUAGAGGUGGUACAGUGAGAAGAAACUACGGGAACCUGGUUGAUGGUUCUGACUUUCCCUCCCAGGUUGAAAUGCCAAAAAAGCGGCCACCCUUGGUGAAAAGUGACUUGGUACGGACGUUUGGUGCCCUCACAGACUUAGAGGUUGGCAUGUAUUCACUGAUAGGAGUCUCCUGCUUGGCAAUCGUGGCUUUUGUGCUUAACUGUGCCUCAUACAGACUGAGGGUGCGCAAUAAGAAGUCUCCUGUACAGAAUCAGGGACCCCCUGAGCACCGGCAUCACUGGGUCCGACUUGGCUCAGCCUUAGAGCAUGUCACAACAGUACCUGUGGCAGCCGCCUGCAAACAGGGGUUGCCCAGGGACAUUCAUUCUGCAGUAGGUACAGGUGAAGAGAGGACGGCCACCCUAGGGAGAAGGUGCAACACCCUACCCCCAAGACCUCACCCCACGGCAGGCCGGUCGGCCACCCUGCUGGCAAAGCCCGUUAGAACCGAGCCCUUGCACUCUCCUACCAGCAAGAGGAACCAGGUCCAGUUUACCACUUUCACUACAUUGGACAUCAAACACCUGACGGCACUUAAGAGGAACGGACUGGACAUUAACUGGAGCAGCCAGGCUGGCGGUUGUGGCCAAUCUGGGGCCUGCAUACAAACAGGGAACGGCACAGAGUCUAAAGGGUAUCUCUCAGAUGUGCCUUGGCCUGUGGUGCAGCCAGGGGCACGAGUGUAA